ACGGAUCGGCGUCUCGUUGGUCCGAGACUGUGGGUGUUUAACUUUCGUUUUGGCCUCGGCGUGUUUAUAAACAAACUAGCGAACGCUUAGUCUCUUUUAUCAGCCCCUUCCCAGAGUUAUAUUGGCGUAAAUGGCAAAAUAUUCUCAAAAACUCAGACAUCAUCGCGUUUUCUUCUUUGUCUAAGCCGCGUCUGAACAUUUGCCCACAGGAAAUUCCUGUUAGCUGGGCUGUGUGUGUGUGCGCGCGUGCUCCCACACACUUGACAGACAGAUAGAUCCUUUAAAGCAUGCCAGCUAUUUAGUUAGGUAACCACUUAAUUAGGUAGGUGGAUGUAAUUUUGGAGGUUAUUUCCCAAGCUGAAGGUGUUGUACCUGAAGGAAGAAGAGGUUUUGAUGAAGGGCUGCAGCAAGGUGCCCUCCUUGCUGGUGUGGAGUGUGACCUGGUGCCAUUUGAUUGUGAUGCUGGGCUGGGGCCUCACUGUUUGGCUCUUUGUCCCAGGCUUCGAGUCCCCUCACACUGUCUAUCUCUCCCCUUAGACUAACGGUUGACAAGAUGAGCACGAAGAAGAGAGGCCAGAGAAAGAGGAAAGUGGAGGACGACACCAGAGAAGGGAAAGGAGGAGGACCUGCACAUGGAGAAGGGCUCAAAGAAAAGGUUCCUCCGAGGAAGGGACAGGGGAAACGCAAGAUGAGAGGAAAAGCAAAGUACAUUGGUGCUCAUGUGUCCAUAUCAGGUGGGAUAUGGAAGGCAGUGAAGGACAGCGUGGACAUCGGGGGCCGCAGUUUUGCCAUGUUUCUUGGUUCCCAGCGCUCCUGGCAAAGACCCCCACUUGACAGCAAAGCGGCAGAGAAGUUUCGCGAGGCAUGUGCUGAGCAUGGGUUUGAACCAACAUACAUCCUCCCACAUGGGUCCUACCUCAUGAACUGUGGCUCCCCCAAACAAGAUAUCUUUGAGAAGAGCCAAGCCAUGCUGGUGGAUGAGCUGAAUCGCUGCAGUGCCCUGGGCCUCAACCAGUUUAACCUACACCCAGGGUCCUCUCUGGGUUCCAUCACCACAGAGCAGUGCUUGGAGAAGAUAGCCCAAGCCAUCAACCAUGCUCACCAGCAAACAUCAUCCGUGAUCACAGUGCUGGAGAACAUGAGUGGGCAGGGAAGCACAGUGGGUGGCCAGUUCAGCGAGCUGCGAACCAUCAUCGACAGGGUGCGUGACCAGAGUCGCGUUGGGGUCUGCCUGGACACAUGCCAUGCCUUUGCUGCUGGGUAUGACCUGUCUGCUAAAGGAGGAGUGAAGUCAAUGUUGGAUGAGUUUGACCAGGUUGUGGGCCUCCAUUACCUUCGUGCUAUCCACCUCAAUGAUUCCAAAGGAAAACUCGGCUGUCACCUCGAUCGUCAUGAGGACAUUGGACAUGGAAAAAUUGGACUGUCUGCUUUCCGGGACGUUGUGAAUGAACCACGGCUGGACAACAUUCCUUUGAUCCUAGAAACACCUGGCCGGCCGGGGUUCGAGUAUGCAGAACAGAUAGCACUGCUGUACUCCCUCUGUGAGAACUAGAGAACCACAUCUUGUCACAAUGUCUUCAGAACCAACCUGUAACUUGUGUUUAAUAAUUUAAUGGAGAAGUUCAGGUUUACUCUUUGAGAACUUUUCUCCACCUUGUUGUACUAAUGUGUUUGGUUACACUACAGUAGUCUUUGCUAAGUGAUUUUGUAGUUGAAGUUUUAUUGAAAAAGCAAUAAAAUGGAAUGAGAGAAA